CCAGAAGCGUGAACCGCGACGAAACGAACGGCCAAAGUUGAUCGGCGUCGCCUAUCGGUCGCGCGGAGUGGUGGGUGCCCGUCCGUCCGAUCGUUGGCAGAAACAAUCGUGCACGCUGCUGCAGUUGCCAGCGUGAAUGACGCUUCUUCGACGGCUGCCAGCCGGACUUGGGACGUUGCGCGUGUUCAGGUUUCGUUGGAACUCGCCCAGUCGAAAACACGUCUUUUCAGUGAGCGCCUCGGCCGUCCCACCUCUCCGUGAUAGCGCGUGUCCCUACACUCUCGUGCAAUACGCAUCGCGGUCUCGUCUAUUGUCGAUCGAUCGGUCGGUCGGUCGAUCUUGCACGAUUCGCGCACGGUGAUUUUGCGAAUUAUUAAAUUAUCGAGUACGAGACGCGUAUAGUUUUUACAGUAAAAUUAUAGACCGACGUACUCGUAUCCGGUACCAGCCUCCCGAUCGGCUCGAGAGGACACGGUAGAACGUCCAUCGUACUCCGAAGUUGAUUCGAGACUUUGGGGAGAAAUGCUGGCAGGUGCUCGGGGGUGGAAACGAGCGAAGGCCGACAGCGCAGGGACGCGCGAAGGAGGUGCGAGCAAGGAGCGAUAAAGGGACAAGAAGGUGUAAAAGAGGAGGAGGAGAAGAAGAAGAAGAAGAAGAAGAGGAACCGUGUGCGGAAGGGAGGUAUCACAACUGGGGGGUCGAACGCGAUCAAGCCGACCAGGAAGGGGAAGGAGAGUCAAAGGGUAAAGAGAAGGGGCAGCACGGUAAGGAGAGUAGAAGGAGGAGAAAGGAAAAGCGAGAGCAACGACGGUACGAGUGACAAUUCUGAGGUGUAUCGCUUGCAAAAGACUCGGGCAAGGUGGCAUAAGAGGAGGAUCGGUAAAUUUGCGCGAGGAGAAAGUUUCCAAGGUAUCUGGUGUACGGUGUCGUUCGCGUCGCUCGUUCCCCGUCCGUUUAAUCGACGAUUCCGACGAUUUGGCUUUUCCCUCCGUUACAUGGACGGGCCCGUUGAACGGUAUUCGCUCGAUCGGCAGUUUUAUCGACACUCGAGAGCGUCGCGCGGGCAUAUAUUCGUUGCACGCAACACCCGGAUAAGUUGUUAACGCGCGUUAAUUGUUCGCGAGCAAACGUCAAGACCGCCCCCGGCAACAGCGAAGCGAUGGUGGAAGUUUUGCUAGAGUCCUGCGGCCAGGACGUCGCCGUGCCGGAGACCGGGUGUCACAUGGACGAGAGCACGACCGAGUACACCCCGAGGCAGGAGCGCGACCUGCACGUGGCCACGGACGAGGCGAACCUCAGCCCGAUACAAAAGUUCUACAACGGGCAGAGCAUCUUCGUCACCGGGGGCACCGGGUUCUUGGGGAAGCUGCUGAUCGAGAAGCUGCUCAGGGAGUGUCCCGGGAUCUCGUUCAUCUACAUCCUGGUGCGCCCGAAGAAGUGCAAGGACGUGCACCAACGCGUCGAGGAGCUCUUCGACGAUCCGGUAUUCGGCAAGCUGAAGGAGAUGCAACCAAAGUUCAGGCACCAGACGGUCGCGGUAGCGGGAGACUGCAGUUUGCCAGGAUUGGGAAUCUCUGCGACGGACAGAGCGAUAAUUACGCGCGAAGUUUCGAUCGUUAUGCACGUCGCUGCCACCGUCAGGUUCGACGAGAAGAUGAACUUGGCUGUACCGAUCAACGUGCGCAGUCCCAAGGCUGUGAUCGAUCUUUGCAAAGAGAUGCCGGGCUUAAAGUCGUUCGUGCACGUGUCCACGGCUUACGCUAAUUGCCCGCGAUCGUUGAUCGAGGAAAAAGUGUACGAACCGCCGAUGGACGCGGACAAAUUGAUCACACUGAUGGAAUGCGUGGACGAGAAACUGCUGGAAGAGAUCACGCCCCGAUUGUUGGGCAUCUGGCCGAACACUUACACUUUCACGAAGGCGAUCGCAGAGAGCGUCGUGAAGAAAGAGGCUGGCGAUCUUCCUGCCGGAAUAUUUCGCCCCGCGAUCGUGAUAUCAACGUAUCGGGAACCGGUGCGAGGAUGGAUCGAUAACAUGUACGGGCCGACCGGUGUCGCCGCCGGAGCAGGUACCGGGAUCCUGCGAUCUAUUCAUUGCGACGGGUCGAUCCACGCGAACGUGGUGCCCGGGGAUUUCACCGUGAACGCUCUGAUCGCCUGCGCUUGGGACGUUGCGAAUCGCUACAAGUCCACGGCUACCAAAGAAGAGCAGAAGUUCGACGUUCCGGUCUACAAUUACGUAUCGAAGGACAAUGCUAUCAGCUACGACGAGCUGAAGACGAUGUCCGAGAAAUACGGGCUCGAGUUCCCGACCGAGAAGGCGAUAUGGUAUUAUAGUUUCCGUAACAACAAGUAUUGGAUCGUUCACUUGUUCUACGUCUAUUUCUUUCACUUGAUUCCGGCUAUGUUGAUCGACACCGUCACGGUAUGCGUUGGCAAGCAACCCAGGAUGAUGAAGCUCUACAAAAAGAUACACAAGUUCAUGGACGUGUUGAAUUACUUCACGACGAACAGAUGGACGUUCACGAACGAGACCGUCCAAGCGGUGAUCGAUAAAAUGAGUCCCGAGGAUCGAAACAAUUUCGUUUGCGACAUUACGACGAUCGAUUGGGACCAGUACUUCCGGACGUACAUACGGGGAAUUCGUAUCUAUUUGAUCAAGGAUCCCCUGGACACGCUUCCGCAGGCGCGAGUCAAAUGGCAAAGAUUGUAUUGGACCCAUCAGGCGCUGAAAGUGAUCUUUGCAUACGCGCUGCUCCGAAUAUGUUGGCUGGUGUUGUACUAUCUAUACCGAUUAUGCACGUGGCAAUCCGUUUAGCAUCGUUGUACAUGCUCCUUAAAUACUAUUACUUACAAUUAUGCACAUGUGUAUGUGUGAGUGUCUGUGUAUAUGCGUGUGUGUGUGCGCGCGCGUGUGUUUGCGUGUGUGCUGCGUGUUUGUCGCGUGAUCGCGUGCGUGAACGCAGUAUUCAGCGCCGGGGGGUGGGGGGGAUCUGCUACGUUACCGAAGCGAAACGAUGCCUCCUGGCGAGCGAAGCUAAUGGCACACCGUAGCCAUUUUAUCGACGCACUGAAUAGCUCUAACGCGGGACGGGAUAAGAAAAGGAUGGAAAGAGAGGACGAGGCGGUCGAGCAGAAUGUUCACGGUUAUUCGAACGCGACGCGUCCGCCGUUGCUUCUAAAGCGCGAACGGAACUGUACAGAACCAGCAGAACGUGUCCGUGUCCGUUUCUGUUUCGCCUUUUCUUCUCUUCGUUCUCUUCUUUAUGCUUUCACGAGUAUUUCCAUAGGACAAUUAUUUUUUACCGCACGAACGGCGCUCGACUAUUGUCGCGCCUGUAUGCGUACGUUUGUUACACUAUACGCUUGAAUUUUCAAUGAAGGUCAACCUUGUUUUUCUUUUUUGUACAGAGAACUAUUUACUUUCGUCCGUUUGAACCUUCGCGAAUAACAAGCUAGAACAACACGACGGUCUCAAAUAUAAGAGAAUUCGAAAUAUACAUUUUAAUUUAAA